AUGCAUCUGAUAUCUUUGGUGGCCCUGACCGGGCUGGUCUUGCUGAGGACCUUUGCUGCAGCGAGCGACCCAGCGCUGGACCAAGCCUGGAGAGACUGGAAGAUGACCCACAAUAAGGUUUACCGCGAGGUGAGUCCCCUCUUAACAUAUCCCCCAACCCCUUCUCCAGCUGGUCAUGAAAUUAGAGCAACCAAAUUGUGCUCCCAGCAGGGUGGGUCAAAAUCAACAAAUUUUUUUAAAUGAUUUUUAAAAAAAAUUAAAUCGGACUUUUAAAAUAAGAUGCUUUUGGAGGAAAAAUCUUUCUAAAGAUUUUCUGUUUAAGUUACAUUAAAGUCCAAAGGCUAUUCAUGAGGAAAUAACAAUUUAAGUUUUUCAUGUGUGCUCAAACUCAGUCUAAGAGGUUUUUUUUAAUAAGAAAAAUGCUUAACCUCAUCAGUUAACAAACACAGAUACAUAUGCUAUACUGUUAUUGUUUUAGUUAAUUAGUUUAAAUGGUUAUUAAGGAAAGGAUUGUUUUUCUCCUUCUGAUAAAGCACAGCAGAAAAGUUGUCCAAAUAUAAACAGCUAACUUAUUAAACCUCACAAUGAUUUCAUAAUUAUCUGCCAGUGUAUCUGCCAGUGGAACCAAAUCAGUAAUUUUUGAUACAACUGUAAAAACUACUCUGAAAAUUUAUUAUUCCAAAAAUGAAGCCUUCAUCUGGUUGUAAACAUUAAGAUGGUACCAGCAAGAAUGAGUCGUAAAAAAUGAUGUAAAUCAAGUCUUACUGACUAGUGAUUUAAAUCGUGGUUUAAAUCGAUGUGAUUUAAAUCAAAUCUACCCUGGCUGUUAGCAUCAUUUCCUGGAGGUGGGCUCUGGCCUCAAGGUCUCCUAAGGUCCUUUUUGGGGAAGUUGUGGUCCUGGACUGUGUCCAUAGUUCUCAGCCAAGUGUCUUCCUUGCAGAGGAACUCAGAGAACCACCGGAGAACCAUAUGGGAAGAGAACUUCCGGAUGAUUGAAAAGCACAACCGUGAAGCUUCCCGGGGGAAACAUUCCUAUCGGAUGGCAAUGAACCACCUGGGAGAUUUGGUAAGAGUUCAGCUCAUAUCACGAACUAGGUAAUCUUCGCUUGAUGCCUCAAAUCACCAAAGGAUUCACGACAGAGGGAGGCGAAGUUUGAGCUCAGGGUUUUGCCAGCUGACUGAUCAAUUCAUCACCAUCAUCCUUUUUAAUUUGUAUACCGUCCUUCUAUCUUACAAUUCUCAAGGCGGUUUACAAGCUGACUUGAAGAACAAUCUAAUGCAAUACAAAAAUGUGAUGAUAAAAGAACUUUAAAACAGGCAACCUACCUCAAAAAAGUAACAUUCAACAAUCAUUAGAAUAGUCUAAAAUGAUAAUAUCAACAUAUAAAAGUUAAACAGAAAUCCACUCAACAGUUACAAUAAAUAAUAUCUAAACUAGAAUCACAUAUCAUCGCAGGCGCUUUGAGCUCAAUAAGAGCUGCGCUGGGGGGCAGCCCUGCUUUGGGACGUUUUUAACAUUUGACGUCUUAUUUGUGUUUUUAUAUGUGAUGGAAGUCGCCCAGGUUUUGCUGGGGAAACCCAGCCAGAUGUGCGGGGUAUAAAUACUAAAAUUGCUAGCACUGUACUAAUAAUAGUAAUGAUUUAUUACUUAUAGCCUGCCCAUCUGGCUGGGCUUCCCCAGCCACUCCGGGCGGCUCCCAACAGAAUAUUAAAAACACAAUAAAACAUCAAACAUUAAAAACUUCCCUAAACAGGGCUGCCUUCAGAAGUCUUCUACAAGUCAGAUAGUUGGUUAUUUCCUUGGCAUCUGAUGGGAUGGCGUUCCACAGGGCAGGCGCCACCACCGAGAAGGCCCUGUGCCUUGUUCCCUGUAACCUCGCAGGGAGGGAACCGCCAGAAGACCCUUGAGAGGAGGACCCCGGUGUACAGGGUGGAGACGCUCCUUCAGGGAUACUGGGCCAAGGCUGUUUAGGGCUUUCAAGGUCAGCAUCAUUACUUUGAAUUGUGCUCGGAAAUGUCCUGGGAGCCAAUGUAGGUCUUUUAGGACCAGUGUUACAUGGCCUUGGUGGCCGCUCCGUCCCUAGUCUGACUGCCGCAUUCUGGAUUAGUUGUGGUUUCCAGGUCACCUUCAAAGGCAGCCCCACGUAGAGCGCAUGGCAAUAGUCCAAGUGAGCGAUAACCAGAGCAUGGACCACUCUGGCCAGACAGUCCGGGAGCAGGGAGGGUCUCAUCCUGCAUACCAGAGGGUGCUGGCAGACAGCCGCCCUGGACACAGAAUUGACCUGUGCCUCCAUGGACAGCUGUCAGUCCAAAAUGACCCCCAGGCUGCGCACCUGGUCCUUCAGGGGUACAGUGACCCCAUUCAGGACCAGGGAGUCCCCCACACCUGCCCACCCUCUGUCCCCCAAAACAGUCCUUCUGUCUUGUCAGGAUUCAACCCCAAUCUGUUAGCCGCCAUCCAUCCUCCAACCGCCUCCAGACACUCACACAGGACAUUCACUGCCAUUGUUGUUGUUACAACUACUACUUGUCUCUCCUCCCCAGACUAAAGCAGAGUUCAUGGAGAGGCUGAAUGGACUCAGCCCUGAACUGCCCAGAGAACGUGGUCGGAGAACAACAUUGUUCCAAAAAUCUGACAACCCGUCUCUUCCUUCCUCUGUGGACUGGCGCUCCAAAGGCUAUGUCACCCCAGUGAAAGAUCAGGUGAGUGUAGCAUCGGCACUUGGGAAGGCUUAAAUGACCAAAGCCAGGGAUUCAAAGUUGGCUACAAUUAUGAGAAUCCCUCCAUUGUGGGGAGGGAUGAAAGUAGGCGCCAUUUCUCCGCCUGCCCCCAAUGCAUCCCGUCCACUGCCUGCUUCUAGCCUGCUGUGAUUCAACUUGUGCCAAAGAAAAUGGUUUCGUUUCACUUCCCAGGAGCAGCAGGACAGUAUAGAUUUGUAACAGUGGUUUGCAGAGGGACAUAGUUCAGAAGGCAGAAGCUGGGAAAUACCAGAUGGGGAACAGCUAGGAGAAGAAACCCUGGAAGAGAAAGGGUUAACAGAUUCAUCAGGAUCAGACCGGGUUUUUACCAGGUCGCCAAAUGAAGAACAACGUAAGGAAUAUAACAGAUAUUAUUGAAUAUCUGGAAGUAAGAAACGAGAAACAAGCUGCCUUAUUGUUUAUCGAUGCUGAAAAGGCCUUUGACAACGUUUCAUGGAAUUUUAUGAAAAAGAUGAUAGAAAAAACAAAUUUUGGGGAAUCAUUUGGGAGAGGAAUAGAAGUGAUGUAGCUUAAUAGGGAUGGAAGGGGGUGUAAUCCUUAACUGGGAGCACCACCAUUCCUAGGAGAUGUAUUCUUUGUUCUCUCGCUGUGAUUAUUAGAGUUUCUAACUGGUAAGAAGACUCCUUUUCCUUUCUUCUGCUUAUCUAAUGCCAUGGGGGGAGGAAGCUGAUUCCCUGAAGCCUGACACAAAUCGCUUGUCCCUUUUCACAGGGUAGCUGCGGGUCUUGCUGGGCGUUCAGUGCCACCGGAGCCCUGGAAGGUUAUCUCGCCCGGACAACUGGCAGGCUGGUCUCAUUGAGCGAACAAAACCUGGUCGACUGCUCCUGGAAGCAGGGCAACCAAGGCUGCAAUGGCGGGUGGCCAAGCUGGGCUUUCCAAUACGUGAUGGAUAACCACGGACUCGACUCGGAACAAAGCUACCCCUACGUCGGACAGGUAACCUCCAGACGAAACCUACCAUUCUGUGAUCCUGUGGCCUGUUCGCCACGCUCAACAGAAUCUCUUUUCUUUCUCCGUCUUCACUCCUUUGGGGCCAAACUUUAGUUAGGUACAGAGGAUAAUUCUUUUAUUAAGUUUGAACUGAAGGGGCUUAACCCACCUCAUCGGCACUUUCAGAAGUACAGUGGUACCUCGGGUUACAUACGCUUCAGGUUACAGACUCCGCUAACCCAGAAAUAGUGCUUCAGGUUAAGAACUUUGCUUCAGGAUGAGAACAGAAAUCGUGCUCUGGCGCGGCGGCAGCGGGAGGCCCCAUUAGCUAAAGUGGUGCUUCAGGUUAAGAACAGUUUCAGGUUAAGAACGGACCUCAGGAACGAAUUACGUACUUAACCCGAGGUACCACUGUAAUACGGGACCCAAAACACUGCCAUUCUUCAACAUUCUCUAUUCCCUAAAUACUGCAACAUGGUCCGUCCCCCUGUCCCCCAAUCAAGUAAUGUGCCCAAGGUUGAAUGUACUGUGUUAGUAUAUUGGUGAAAAAAUGUAGAAUUUGUACUGUUAAAACGGGAAAGGGUCAAACCAUUGUGAGAGGUGUUGAAAUUUUCGAAGGUUGGAUAGUUACAACGGAAUGGUCUUGGUGGUGGGGUGCACAAUUUUUAUUCUUAUUUAUUUACAAUGCUUUUUGCUAAAGAAAUUUGGCAAAACUUGGGUGUCGUCUUAUACAUGGAUAGCGAAUGCGGGGGGGGUGCGAUUAAUGGCAGCAGCAAGCAGGAGAUUGGCAGCGGCGAUUGGGCGGGUGAUUGGUGGCUGCAGCAAGGCCUGCUGGCGAUUGGCUGCGGCCGUGGCAAGUGGGCUGAGCAAUCGGCAGUGGCGGGCAGGCGGGGGAGCGAUUGGCGGAAGUGACCUCCCCCACGCCCCCCCCAAAAAGCUAAACAACUUAAUUUUGGGUUAUAGAAAAUAGGGGGCGUCUUAUACAUGGGGGCGUCUUAUACGUGGUAAAAUACGGCAAUUGCUUGCUGUUUCUUUGCAGGAUCUAGCUUGUACGUACAAAUCCGCAGACCUCGCAGUCAGGAUCAACGGCUACGUGGAUAUCCCAAGCAACGAUGAGGCGGCCCUCCAGGAAGCUGUUGCCACUUAUGGGCCAGUUACUGUGGCCCUGGACGCCUCAGACUUCCACUUUUACAGCUCAGGUAAAAUUCUGGAGGAAUGCAGCGGCGAGAAAACUCCCUGGGUUGCAUUUAAAACAUAUAGGGAAUCUGGAGAUUCGGGGUUUAUGAUCCACCAUAGGAAAAUAACGAGAGCUCAUUGACCCCUAUAGUCCAGCUUCCUGUCCUCACAGCAGCCAACCAGAUGCCCACAUCAGUAUCCCAAACCCAGAACCUGAGGUCAACAGCCACACUCCCCAGUUGUGAUCCCUGGGAACUGGUUUUUGAAGACAGGAGAAGCAGAGCAAAGCAGACCCUCCAGGUGUCCCUGCUAUCCAGGGACAGUCCCAGAUUUACAGAAGCCAUCUGGUUUCAUAUUUGACCCCGGAAGUCCCACUUUUCCUUGGGACGCCCCUAUUUUCAGGGGAGAAACGUUGGAGGGGAUGGAAUAGGACGUCCCUAUUUUCAGGGGAGAAACGUUGGAGGGGAUGGAAUAGGACGUCCCUCUUUUCAGGGGAGAAACGUUGGAGGGGAUGGAAUAGAACGCCCAUCUUUUCAGGGGAGAAACGUCGGAGGGGAUGGAAUAGGACAUCCCUAUUUUCAGGGGAGAAACGUCGGAGGGGAUGGAAUAGGACGUCCCUAUUUUCAGGGGAUGGGGUUAUGCAACACAAACACCCCAAGCCACGGAGACAAGUAACGAUCGGCCCUUAAAUUUGUUUCCCCUCCAUCCAGGAGUCUUUGACUACCCCAACUGCGGGACAUCCUUGAACCACGCCGUCCUGGCAGUCGGCUACGGGACUCAGAACGGGACCCCUUAUUGGAUCAUAAAGAACAGGUAGGGUGGAGAGCCCGGGUGCCAGAAAUUGAUGUGCAAUGCUGUGGGAGCUUAUUGAUUGUUGUCGUGGAGGGUGAGGAGAGGCUUUGCCCGGCCACACGGGGGAAAUUGGGGUACCUGGGUAGACGGAGUGUCCACAUUACACCUAGGGGGUCCCAGAUCCAAGCCCUCACAUUUCCAGGGCACGCUGGGUGAGACUUCUGCCUAAAUUCCUGGAGCUGCCACCAUAACCAGUCAGAAUGGACAAUACUGAGCUAAACAGGCCAAUGCAAGCUUAGGUAAAGGUAAAGGGACCCCUGACCAUCAGGUCCAGUCGUGACCGACUCUGGGGUUGCGGCGCUCAUCUCGCUUUAUUGGCCAAGGGAGCGGCGUACAGCUUCCGGGUCAUGUGGCCAGCAGGACUAAGCCGCUUCUGGCGAACCAGAGCAGCGCAUGGAAACGCCGUUUACCUUCCCGCCGGAGCGGUACCUAUUUAUCUACUUGCACUUUGAGGUGCUUUUGAACUGCUAGGUUGGCAGGAGCAGGGACCGAGCAACGGGAGCUCACCCCGUCGUGGGGAUUCGAACCGACCUUCUGAUCAGCAAGUCCUAGGCUCUGUGGUUUAACCCACAGCGCCACCCGCGUCCCAAUGCAAGCUUCCUUAUACCCGAAUUUCAUACAGAUAUGCACUCACUGGAGAAGUGUUUAUGAACUUUCACAAAGGGGUUCAAAGUAGAAAAAACCAGUCACAAAUCGCUGCAGAAAUGGGGAGAACUGAAUUUUAGACUGGAAGGAUGUGAAACAAAGGGAAGCAAAACUAACAGGUCCAUGCAUCCUUCGUCUGAUCCCACCUGGGAGUCAUCCCACUCGCCUCUUGUUGCUUUCUGAAACUACGACUUAUGGAGACUCUCUCCCUAUCUUCCUUUCACAGCUGGGGUCCCGAAUGGGGUGAAGGUGGCUACAUUCUGCUGAAGAGAGGAUCCAACCAAUGCGGUGUAGCAGAGGUCGCUAGUUACCCGGUGUAA